CCUCUCCUUUUGAAACAAAUAAAAUGGACCAUCUCCUUCUCCUUUCUCUCUCCCUUACCUCUCUGUCUCUCUCUAUCUCUCUCGCGAAUUUCAGUAAUUCGUGAGGUGACCGCAGAUUUCCUCUAAGCAAUCGUUGACACUCUGCAAAAGAAGAAGAAAAAUUCUAUAAAAAAAAGAUGCAACCUACGAGCUCAAUGAAGGAAGAAUUCCUAAAGAAAUGGCAAAUGGGCCUUGAGAUAGUCCGUCCUUCGAUAGAUAACACAAACGUCUCCGAGAGAAAGAAAGCCAUAAAGCUCUCCGCCGACGUUGCAAUGGCGUCUCUAAGAAAAGGAACAACUUGCUGGAGUCGAGCCCUAAUCCAGAAAUCCGCCACCGAGGACAAUUUCCUCGUACGUCAGGUGCUCUCCGGCAUCAAAGCGGAAACGUUAAUCAACAAGAAGUUGACGAAAAAGGUUGUGUGUCAUAGAAAGAUCGUGAGGCGAAGCAAGAAGAUCUCAAGGAGGAAAUCGAGAUCAGCGAGCGAAGAGGCCGCAGCAAAAGCAAAGAGGAUCGUCAAAAAGCGGACUCAAGGGUUAAGAAGCGUUGUCCCCGGCGGAGAGUUUAUGAGCAAUGACGUCUUAUUGUUACAAGAAACCUUAGACUACAUUGUCUCACUUCAGACGCAAGUGAAUGUUAUGAGGAGUAUUGUUGAUGCUGCCGAGGCCGAAAUUGAACGGUAAAUGAUUUUUUUUGUUUUUCUUCUUUUUUUUGUUUGCGGAUAGAUUAUAUAUUUGUGAAAUGAUCUCGAUCGGACAUUGCAAUUGUCUUAUGAAGAUGGAGAGAAUUUUAUAGUACUCGCCGUAUUGUACAUAAAAAAAAAUAUUAUACAAGCAAUUAUAGAAAGUUUCUAUUCCUUAAUGGUGAUUUUGAUUGAAACAUUUUGCUAGCAUGAUUUUGUUUUUGUUUUCUUUUGUGUUGUGUAGUUAUGAACUUAUGAUUGUCGUUUGCUU